AGCGAGAAGACGGAAGUGAGAGCGAGCCGGAAGUUCCAGACCAGCGUCGGAAAAAAGUGAGGGGGUGGGGGGAGAAGGGCACUGGGUCGGCAUGGCGGCUCAGAUUCCCAUAGUGGCUGCCCCUUCCACUCCGGCCAUAGCCCGGAAUAGCAAGAAGAGGCCAGGCAGUCCUUCCCACAAUGGCAACAGCUCCGGGAGCUACACCGCGAGUAAGAAGAAAAAAGUGUCCGGCUCCAGUUUUGCACAGUGCAUCAGCAUGGAAGCCAUGAGUGAGAGUAAGUUGGUGUCUUCCGAUUUUGGCACCGGACCUGUGGAAAAAGCUGCCAAGCCUUUGCCAUUCAAGGAUCCAAACUUUGUGCAUUCUGGCCACGGUGGUGCAGUAGCUGGCAAGAAGAAUAGAACCUGGAAGAACCUGAAGCAAAUUCUUGCGUCUGAAAGGGCACUGCCAUGGCAACUCAAUGAUCCUAACUACUUCAGUAUUGAUGCUCCCCCAUCCUUUAAGCCAGCUAAGAAGUAUUCUGAUGUUUCAGGUCUUCUUGCAAGCUACACGGACCCCCAGAGCAAGCUUCGGUUCAGCACUAUUGAAGAGUUCUCCUACAUCCGGAGGCUGCCCUCUGAUGUCAUCACUGGCUACCUGGCCCUGAGAAAAGCCACCAGCAUCGUCCCCUGAGCCUUGAAAGACAGAACUGCGGAGGGGAGCUGUUUCAGAGAUGGGUUUUGGACUCCGUUUUGUUUCAUGGAAACAAAUGCAUUCUGUCAAUCUGGAAAUGUCAGCGUUGCGCCUUGGAAGGAAUGUUUGGCUCUUAUUGAAGGGUUUUUUUUCCCCCUCUUUCUGUGUUUUCCCUCCAAGUGUGAUAUUUCCUGUUGAAUUAAAUUAUUCUUUGGUUGUUGCCUCAAGUAAA